AUGCCUACUAAUUAUCGCAAAAUAUCAGCAAAAUUUCCGCACUUUUCUGCAUAUUCACGAAUAAUUACCGGUCCGGAACAAAUUCAUGAAUCGAUUUUAAUUCCUGAAAAUGCAUUAUUGCAAUAUCCACCGGAUGGUGGUGCAACAACAAUGUUUGAAUUAUUACAACGAGCUAUUUGGUUAACAAAUAACGGUGAUUUUAUUGGUGAACAAACAAGAAAUGGUACAUAUAAAUGGAUGACAUAUAAAGAGGUAUAUAAUGCAUCACAUAUGAUUGGCUCUGCCUUACUAGAACUUGGCAUAAAUGCAGGUGAGGCCAGCCGAGUUGGUAUUGCUGGCCUUAACUCGGCUCGUUAUAUCAUUGCUCAAAAUGCUCUAAUCAAUUAUUCUAUUGUUUUCGUACCAUUAUAUUAUAAUUAUAAUAUGGAAAUUUUAUGUACAAUUAUUGAUCGUUGCAAAUUGGAACUAAUUUUUUGUGAUACAAUUGAACGAGCGAAUAAAUUUGUCGCUGAAAUACGACAAAAAAAGCUUAAAAUGCUUAAAAAAAUUAUUAUUUUGAAUGAUGAAAAAGAGAAAAUUGAUCGAGAAUUUUGUAAACAUUCAGAAAUUGAGAUUUAUGAUUGGAAUUAUCUAUUAGAACUUGGUAAUUCAAAUUUAAAACCUGUAACACCACCAUCACCAUCAAAUAUUUAUAUCAUUUGUCAUACUAGUGGUACUACAGAUACUCCAAAAGGUGUUCAAUUGUCACAUCGAGCAAUAUUAGUAUCAAUGAGCGGAUUAUAUGUUCAAUUAUGUUUACCGCCUCAUGAUAUCAUUUUUGAUCAUAAUGAUGUUUACUUAUCAUUUUUAUCACUUGCACAUGUUUAUGAGCAGUUACUUCAAGCAUUUAUUAUUUAUAUUGGUGGUCGAAUUGGUAUAUUUGGUGGUGAUCCAAAGCGAUUAAUUCAUGAUAUGAAAUUAUUACAACCAACAAUUGCAGCAUUCGUACCACGAUUAUUGAAUCGUUAUCAUGAUAUGGUGAUAGAGAAUAUAAGAAAGCAGAAUAUUAUAAAACGAUUUAUCUUUUACAUAGCAUUAAAAUGGAAAUUACGACAAUUAGCCAAAGGACGACUUCAUUUCAACACAUUCUGGGAUAAAACAGUUUUCAAAAAAACUCGAGCUCUAUUUGGCGGUCAAUUGCGCUUAAUUACAUCUGGUGGUGCGCCAAUUUCCACCGAUGUGAUGAAUUUUUCACGGGUUGUUUACGGUUGUUUAUUAAUUGAAGGUUAUGGCCAAACAGAAUGUUCAGCAGCUGGUACUAUAUCAUUACCAUUUGAUACAAUUAGUGGACAUGUUGGUGGACCAGCAGUUUGGGCCCAGGUGAAAUUAGUGGACGUAAAAGAAAUGGGAUAUAGUGCAGAACAAAAUACCGGCGAAGUAUGUUUUCGUGGUGCCGGUAUUAUGGAUGGUUAUUUUAACGAUCCGGAACUUACAUCACAAACAGUAGAUGAAGAGGGUUGGUUACAUACCGGUGAUAUUGGAAUGUGGUUACCUAAUGGUUCAUUGCGUAUUAUUGAUCGAAAAAAUAAUUUAUUCAAAUUAGCACAAGCUGAUUUUGUAUCACCUGAACAAAUUGAAAAUGUUUACUUGCAACAUCCUUUGGUGAAACAGAUUUUCGUUCAUGGCUCAACAAUUCAUGCAUAUUUAAUAGCUAUUGCUGUUGUUGAUGUUGACAAACUUCGCGCUGAUAUUGACAAAUCAAACAAGAAGUUUGGAAAUUUCACAAAAAUAUCGAAAUUAUCAGUGAUGGAAUAUCUUUGUGAUCAAAAUGUACGACGAUACUUUCUCAUUAAGCUACGAGAAUUUGGUAGCAGUAAAGGUUUGAGUGGUAUUGAACAAAUUAGAAAUAUACAUUUGUUGGAGGAUGAAUUCACAAUUGAAGCUGGAUUACUAACACCAACCUUAAAGAUUAUUCGAGUAAAAUUGAAAGAUAAAUUUAAGGAUAUUUUAGAUGAAAUGUAUCGUGAAGAAUUGAAUUUAAAUUCAACGUUCAAUUAA